AUGGAAUUCAAAACCAACAGAGAAAAGUGCACUCUCUACGCAGUGGCAAUUGCCGUGCUGAUACUUGGUCUCAUUCUCACCCACUGCUUCCUGAAGUACAAGAUCCACCAGUUUGAAAAGCGCAUUGCUUCCCUACGAAUGCAGAAAGAUGAGACUGAAACUGAGCUGAGCCAAGUCACCCAGGAACUCCACCAGGUGAAGCAGGCAGUAUCGAAAAUUGAGACGAGUGAACUCGACAUGCUUGAAAUAAUCAAAAGAGUUCUGGCUGAGCUGNUCCACCAGUUUGAAAAGCGCAUUGCUUCCCUACGAAUGCAGAAAGAUGAGACUGAAACUGAGCUGAGCCAAGUCACCCAGGAACUCCACCAGGUGAAGCAGGCAGUAUCGAAAAUUGAGACGAGUGAACUCGACAUGCUUGAAAUAAUCAAAAGAGUUCUGGCUGAGCUGAAGAGCGAUGCAAAGAAGGAGGAGGAGAAGCUGGUCAAUCACAGGCGGAUGUUCAUGUCCCUUGACAACAAUGUUCUUCUUGAUGAUCUGACCACAAUAAUGACCAGAAGCAAGGAGGUGCAGAGCAAGGAGGUGCAGAGCAAGAUGACGUGUGAGGGCCACAUCCACAGUGUGCUCACCUUCAAGGAGAUACCGACUGACUGCUUCAUCAAGGGCUGCUUCUCGCAGCCUGCAUCGAAGGAGAUGCUCCUUCUCUUCCGGAAGAAGCUCAUGAGUCCAAUAGUCAACAACAACGAUGGAAGCAAGCUGACCAAGGAGCAGCUUUCGGCAGCAAUUGAUCUCCACCUUGGUGAUAAGGUGAAGGAGAAGUACAAGAAGAGCAUUGAUCAGUUUGAGAAGACGGUUGUGAUGCUGGAGACUGAUCCAUCGAAGUACUACGGUGACUUCAGGAGUCAGUCAAAAAGGUACAGUGAUAGGGAGACCAAGUUGUACGAGACAGCCACUCGGAUUGAGCAUCUACGACACCAACUGGCGUCGUACGGGAGGAUGAUGCAGAAUUCAGUGAUUCCACCACUGCAGGAGAUCGAUAGCAUCAACAUGGAAGUGAAGAGGAACGUACUGGGGAUGGUGAAAGCACUAUUUGAUGAAAUGAUUGAAACAGGGAGGUUAUAA